AUGGUCAACGCCCCGCCCACCCCCGCCAGCACCCCCACCCCCUCCGCAACCAGCACCUCCAUCUCCAAGCCCGCCCCCACCACCCACCGCAACCCCCCCACCAAGCCGCUCGAGGUCACCGACCGCGAGCGCCUCAUCAUCCCGCGGCUCCCGCCCGUCGUCGAGCCGCGCCGCCGCCCCAUCCGCGACUUUGUGUUCACGCGCUUCUACAAGCUCGUGCUGCUGACGCUGUACCUGAUCUACAGCGUGUACACGAAGCUACGGUGGACGUACCGCACGGCGCUCAACCGCGGCUUCAGCAUCCUCUACUACCACCACCGCACGCCGCAGCUCAUCCAGCAGGACGUGCAGGAGCUGAGGCAGGCCGGGAAUCUGCCGAGACAUGUGAGUGUCAUUGUGGAGUUUGAGAAGGGAGGGCUGGAUACGCUGGUGGAUGAGGUGGCGGAGAUUACGUGCUGGUGCGCGAGUGCGGGGAUCAGAUGUCUGAGUGUCUAUGAGCAGACGGGUGUGCUCAAAUCCUACAUCUCCACCACGCACCGCUCCAUCUCCCAGCGCCUGCACAGCUACUUCGGCAAGUCGCGCCCCACCCUGCGCGUGCACUCCCCGCCGUCCGGCGCAUUCACGACCACCGACCAGUCCGAUGAAGAGGAGGGCGGGCCCCGCGUCGACAUCGAGGUCGUCAUCAUCAGCGAGGAGGACGGGCGCGAAUCGCUGGUCGACCUGACAAAGACGCUGUGCGACAUGGCGCAGCGCGGAAAGAUCGCCGCAGAGGACGUCAGCAUCGACCUGAUCGAUGCGGAGGUCAAGGAGAAUGUCAUCCCGGAGCCGGAUCUACUGAUUCUGUUUAGUCCCAAUGUCACGCUGAGGGGGUAUCCGCCGUGGCAGAUUCGGUUGACGGAGAUUUUUCAUGUGCCGGAUAACGAGGCGGUGGGGUAUCAGGUGUUUUUGAGGGCGCUGCAUAAAUACGCAAAGAAGGAGAUGCGCUUUGGGCGAUAG